AACGUGUGUCGACCGCUAUUUCUAGCAUGUGUAUGGAAAUUAUUCACUAGCUUUGCUGCCUCUGAACGAUUCGUUACUCGCGUCUAAGAGCGCAUCCUCUGGACUUGUGUUGAUUCCUCAGCUCUAUAAUUCGGCUCUAAGAAUUGUAGAUCGAUUAGCGUAUCUGCAUUUGACCGGGUCAAUCUUACGGCAUAUUUAUUAUUUCUUACUAGAAAGAAACAUUAUCAGCAGCCAUGUUUGUUCUUCCUCCACCACCGCCACGCUACUCGAUACCCGUCGCCUAUGCGGCGGGUGCUGCCAAUGGCAUGGCCGUGCCCAUCAUCGAGACGAAUAAUGUUGUCAAGCAUCCCGAAGGCGGCUGUCCGUUGCAGGUUGGAGAGGGAACAUAUGAGCUCGUCGAUGACCUACACCUAGCGACUCCUCCGCCACACCCGUCCGAAGCCCCCGUCGUAAAUCCCAAUCCUCUUGCAACAGGUCCAACACCUCCUACCGCCGGCGUGAAGUUGUCUCUCGUUAUUACCAGCAACCAUAAAAGCCCACCAAAUCUUGGAAGUUGGAGUUAUAUUUCAGCACCGGCUUUCGGAGAGGGCAAUCCAGCUUUGAUGAUUGCGCCUGUCAGAGAAGGAUUAAAAAGAAGGAAACCCAAGAACAACAUAGUCAAGAGUAGCUCGUCGUUUGUCUCACGAGUCAUCACACACGAGACUCAUGCCAAGCGUCUGGCCGAUAGGAAUCCGGACGGACUUUAUGCUUUCGCAAACAUAAACAGGGCAUUCCAGUGGCUUGAUCUAAGUGCUCCGAAUAAAGAGGAGCCUAUUGCGAAAAUCCUUUUCACAAAAGCGCAUAUGCUAUGUCAUGAUGCUAACGAAUUGACCAAGUCGCCAUCUCAUAUUGAUAUUGUUAUGGGGUCAUCUGCGGGCGACAUUAUCUGGUAUGAGCCUAUAUCCGCGAAGUAUGCUCGAAUCAACAAGAACGGUGCUGUCAAUAACUCCGCAGUCACUCAUAUUAAAUGGAUGCCGGGGUCCGAGAAUCUGUUCCUCGCAGCACAUGCCAAUGGUCAGCUGGUUGUUUAUGACAAGGAGAAAGACGACGCGCUUUUCACCCCGGAAACUGAAGACGGUGCGUCUUCUUCAAGCAGGGCAAUGCAGAUAUUGAAAUCGGUAAACUCUAAGAAUCAGAAGACCAACCCUGUUGCUGUCUGGAAACUGUCACAUCAACGCAUUAAUUCGUUUGCUUUCUCUCCUGAUAAGCAACAUUUGGCCGUGGUGCUUGAAGAUGGCACAUUGCGUGUCUUGGAUUAUCUUAAAGAGGAAGUUACGGAUAUAUUUGCAAGCUAUUACGGUGGCAUGAUAUGCGUCUGCUGGUCGCCAGACGGCAAGUACAUGGUCAGCGGCGGACAAGAUGACCUGGUGACAAUAUGGUCGUUGGCAGAGCGAAAGAUCAUUGCGCGAUGCCAAGGUCACAACUCCUGGGUGUCGGCCGUUGCAUUCGAUCCCUGGAGAUGUGACGAGCGAAACUAUCGACUUGGAAGUGUCGGUGAUGACUGCCGGUUACUGCUGUGGGAUUUUAAUGUUGGCAUGCUUCAUCGUCCGAAAGCACUUCAAGCAAACGCUCGUCAUCGCAACAGCAUCACGACCGUACACAACCAAUUAAGCCGCCAUCGAACUGACAGCCUCAGUAACCGCAAGAGAUCGGAUUCUGAUCGAACCGAAAAGCCUAUCGACGAUGAAGAAGACAAUAUUCGUCAUCCGGUCGAAUCUCGAACAAUGACUGCACUAUUGCCUCCUAUUAUGUCCAAAGAAGUCGGGUCAGAUCCGAUAUCCUGGCUAGGAUUCCAGGAAGAUUUUAUAUUCACUUCUUCAUUGGAAGGCCACAUCCGUACAUGGACACGACCACGCGAAAGCGUCACAAACGAGUCUCGCGCAGACAUCUCAUCGACCAGGUCUGCUACAGGCUCUGGAGUAGCAGGAGAACACCAAUAAAUCCGAAUCUCAUCUUCUUGUCGAGAUUAUGAGAACAAAUAUAUUUGCGCAAUGAUUG